AUGGCCGAUCCGAACCUCGCAACUAGGGCGCCCGAGAGUGAUGCUCAAGAAAACAUUGCUUUAGAGACUUCGCCAACGCAUUCUACACCCAUCGUCGGAGAGCACUGUGUCACUGACCGGCCUACGCGUAACAUCCCCCAUUUCGACUGGGCAAGCUGCCACGGGGAGAUUAUCCAGAUCAACGAUGUCAACGUAUACAUAUCGAAACCCAGCGAUUACCCACACACGCCAGCCAAACUCCUCCUAUUGCUCACCGGCGGGACGGGUCUGCAAUCGACAAACAAUCAGAUCCAAGCCGACAAGUUUGCUAGCGAGGAGGAAGAUACCGGCUCACUCUUAGACCAGGUCAGGUUCAAGGCCAUGGAAGCUGCUAAAAGCUUCCUCAUCGACAUGUGGCUAGCCAGACACACGGCGGAAAAGGUGCUGCCCAUCCUCUACAAGGUCAUCGACGGGUGUAAGGAGAAGUAUGCCGACGCCGUCCAGCACGGAGAGGGAAUUCACGCUGUUGGCUACUGCAUCGGUGGCCGCUACGUCUUGCUCCUCGGAAAUGAGAAGCAGCUUCCUGAAGCCCAAAUUCCCGACGAGGAGACUGGGGCUGUGAGAACCGGGCCCUUGAUCAAGGCUGGUGCACUCGCCCACGGCGCAUCGGUGACGCCCGAUGACUUCGCGGGCCUCAAGGUGCCUGUGAGCUUGGCCUGCGUUGAGAACGAUCCUCUAUUCCCGGAAGAGGUGCGGACACUAGGCGAAGAUGCCAUGGAAUCAGCAAAUCUAGAACACGAGGUCAAGGUGUAUCCCGGCGUUCCUCAUGGGUUCGCGGUGGUUGGGCAAUACGAGGAUAGUGGAAUCAAGGAAGCGCAAGCGACGGCAUACGACCAGAUGCUCAGCUGGAUAAAUGCACAUUGA